UGUAGAAGAUCACGCAACGCAACAGCCUUAACAAAAAUAGCAGUUGAUUGAAGCAGGGUCGAUCCAUGCCAUGGCGAACCUCGAGUCGUUAGCCUCACUUGCCGCCAUCCUCAUCCUCGUCCUCGUCGAAGUCGCUGUCCUGUCCUCGUUCGCGGCCGCGCAGCUGCGGCCGGACUACUACGCCAACGUCUGCCCCAACCUGGAGGGCAUUGUCCGGUACUCCGUGAAGCAGUCCAUGGUCAAGUCCCCCAUCUCCGCGCCCGCCACCCUCAGGCUCUUCUUCCACGACUGCGCCGUCAUGGGCUGUGACGCAUCGGUCAUGAUCAUCAGCCCGACCGGCGACGACGAGUGGCGGAACCAGGACGACUAUUCGCUGAAGCCGGAGGGCUUCCAGACGAUCCUGGAUGCCAAGGCUGCCGUGGACAGCGACCUGCAGUGCCGCUAUAAGGUGUCCUGCGCCGACAUAAUCGCCCUCGCCGCAAGAGAGUCCGUCUCCCAGAGCGGAGGGCCCAACUACACAGUAGAGCUGGGCAGGUACGAUGGGAAGAUCUCGACAACGAACAGCGUCAUGCUGCCGCACGUCGACGACAACCUCAACAGCCUCAAUUCCUUCUUCUAUACCCUAGGCCUCUCCCAGAUCGACAUGAUCGCAUUAUCAGGUGCCCACACCUUGGGAGCGGCCGACUGCGGCUUCUUCCAGCACAGGACCAGGGGCAAGGAUCCAAGCAUGAACCCGAGCUUUGACGCGCAGCUUCAGGGCACCUGUGCCAGACAGAACUUUGCGUUCCUGGAUGACGUGACACCGGUGGGAUUCGAUAACUCCUACUUCAAGCUCCUGCAGAAUGGCAGGGGCCUCCUGGGCUCCGACCAGGUGUUGUACACAGACCAGAGAUCACGCGGUACCAUAGACUACUAUGCGUCCAACCAGGGCAUCUUCUUCUACGACUUUAGCAUCGCCAUGACAAAGCUCGGCAAGGUCGGGGUCAAGACGGCCACUGACGGCGAGAUACGCCGUGACUGUCGGUAUCCAAAUUAGAUACUUAUAGCAUAUGAAGAUUGCUCAUUGUCCAAACAUACCGCUGUCUAUAAAUGGACUAUAAAAUGUGUAGGGGUGAAUUCCAUAUAUGCCAUUGUAAAUUUACGCCUACCCUCAUAUGUUAUUCCAAAUAUGUCACUGAAAUUUUGCAACAUGUAUACAUAUUACACUACUGUCGCUUGACUGGUAGUGGUCGUCAAGUGGCAGCUGAAA